UUGAAUAUUUUUGCAAAUUACACAAAUAAUUUUAAAAUAUCAACAUGGGUUUCGAUUACUACGGUAUAUUAGGCGUGAAACGCUCCUGCACCCAACCAGAGAUCAAGAAAGCCUAUCGGCGCCUUGCCUUAAAAUACAACCCUGAGAAACACGACAACGACGAAAAUAUGAAGCGAAUAUUUGCUCUGAUCGGAGAAGCAUACGAGGUACUAGUAGAUCACAAAAGGCGAGCGGUUUACGACCAGUAUGGAGAGGAAGGAAUGAAGAAGGGAAUCCCAGGACCUACAGAAUACAUCCAACCCUACACCUACCAUGGAGAACCUUUGAGAACGUUCCACGAGUUCUUUGGCACGACGAACCCUUACGCAGACCUACUGGAUUACUAUGAAAAUCCUCCACCGAUGUUUGAUUCUCCCUUAGGAAAAGGUUACAAAGAAAAAGACGCUACCAUUCUUAGACCUUUAGCCUUAUCUCUUGAAGAAAUCUACAAAGGAGGUUUGAAGAAGAUGAAGAUUCAGCGCCUUGUUUUCACUGAUGAGACAUGCUCUGAAUUGAAGUUAAGAGAAAAAGUCCUGUCCAUUCCCAUAAAGCCUGGGAUUUACCCAAAUACAGAGGUUCGUUUUAAAGAGGAAGGCGAUCAGGGUCCUACUAGGAUUCCAGCGGACGUUAUAUUCAUUACAGAAGACCGACCGCAUGAGACAUACGUUAGAUCUGGCUUGAGCGACUUGUUGACGACUAGAAAUGUGACUUUGGAAGAAGCUCUGUGUGGUUUGACUAUCACGUUGAGGACUUUAGAUGAAAGGAUCUUGAGAAUCAAGGUAUCUGAUGUCAUAACACCGACCUACGAGAAGAUUAUUGAAGAUGAGGGCUUGCCAGUUCCCGCUUGUCCAACGAAAGCAAAGGGUAACCUCAUAAUAAGGUUCAAGGUGGAAUUCCCAGAGUAUUUGUCGAAGCGCGCUAAGAAAGCGUUUGCUGAUGCGUUCAGGGUGAAGGAAGAAGAGGAAGAGAAGUUCCAGAAAUUGAAGUGUGGAACAUUGUCGACUCCGUCUCUUUACGAUUAGAUUAAUUAAAUCUUAUAUCGAUUUUUAGCUAGAAUACAUAAUUGAGAAAAAAAUACAA